CUAUGUCCAGUUGACAAUAACGGAGUGAAGGGUAUAAACAUACAGAUAACAUUCAUGUCGAUUUAAAGUUUUACUGUUUAAGUGAAACAGGUAUCUAAUGCUUACGGGAUACCAUAAUUUUAUUCAAAGAUAUCUGUAUGGUGUUUCAUUUCAAACUGUCGCAUUAAACGAGUAUGUUAACCCUGUAGUCGCACACACGCCCGAUAAACCAAUUCACGAAUCCUCAAUGGGAUGAAUAAGGAUGCCCUUACGAUCAUAAGUUGUUCUUCCGGUGAUACAUUAAUUGACAGGAAGACUGUCAAAAUGGAGCAUAAAGAGACAACGCAAUUAAAAAUGUAACAACUAUGGACAGUCAGGAAGUGAACAUUCUAACGCUUCCAGAAGACGUCAUAAUACCAAUUUUCCAAUUUCUUCCCCAGUUCGAGGUUCUUCACAACAUUCGUCUGACAUGCAAAGCCUGGAACCAUUAUUCGCGACAUGGAAUCUUAUGGCGACGUAUUCGAGCUCAAGACUUUAUUCGAGCCACCUUCAGAAUUGAGAAUUUUAUGCGAUUUCUGUGCGAUAUAUCCCAUUUAGUAGAAGAAAUAGUAUUUGACGUUGAACAGAUAAAACAUUUGCAGAAGAACCAAUUCUUUUUUUCAAGGCUUAGGAGCUUGAAAAUAGAUAAAGCUCACGGACGUCUCGAUAGCGAUAAAUUGUCAGAGUACUCGCUAAAAGCGAUAACAAGGUUGUACCCAGCGUUGAAAGUAUUACAUUUAAAAUAUUUUUGUUUUGACUUCGAUAUGACAUGCUGCCCUAGUGAUCUGAAAGAGCUUGUGGUUGCUGGCUGGAUUUUGGGAGAAAGAAGCAAAUAUAAACACCCACGAAAUGUUGGAGAGCAUUUUAUGAACCUUACACAUCUUGGCUUGCUCAGAUGUCAGCUUAUCAAUCAGACUGUUCUUGCAUUGCUCAGUGGGCUACCGUGUUUGGAAUCCAUAGAUUUGUCAUCUACAAAAUACGAUCAUUAUCUUAAGGAUGACGAAAAGAUCCCUGAUAAACACUGCUCACGGAGAAUACAAAAAGUUGUCUUGAAUAAUAUGGACUGUGAGUUCUUUCCGCAUGUAUUUGUAUACAUUCUGGUAUCAGCUCGUGAAAGUAUUCGUUAUAUUGACAUUUCUAACAGCAACCAGGGAAACCUCACGUCGCCAUGCCUUCACAACAUUGCAGAAAUGUGUGAACAGCUUGACACUCUAGUCAUCGGUAAUCAUGAUUUCUAUAAUGAGUACUUGGACAAGGCAUGUUUUCGUCUGUUGGGCCCAGAUGUUAACAGACUCAACAGAGGAAUCAGAGAUGUGGCCUCCAAAAACCAACACCUGUCAACAAUAAAAAUGAAUUUCGUUGAAGCGAAUAUAGACGAUGAGACUGUUUUGCACGUUUUUCAAAACUGUACGAAAUUACAAUGGAUCGAAAUAUUGGGAUGUGAAAGUCUUUCGGACAACACCUUAGGCAGCAUUUCUAAUGGAGAAAGGCUCCAUGUGAUCAAGAUAUCAAAAUGCAAAUAUGUAACGCCAGCAGGCAUUGGAAAGGCAUUACAAAGAUGCAGUCGACUGAGGACAUUGCAUGUAGAAGAUAUUGGGACAAUUAAACAUAUUUUAGAUCGAAAGAACUUCCGAAUAAUUAACUACUUGACAACUUUGAGUCUCGCCAACUGUUACGAGCUUUCUGAUGAAUGCCUCGACCAAAUCGCAAUAUGUUGCCCUAUCUUGCGUAGUAUCAACCUGACAUGCUGUCACGGCAUUACGGACGUCGGCUUCGUUCAGUUUGUCCAGCAAUGUGCAAGUAUCACAGAAAUAAUUCUCAAUGACAAUCAAGAAUAUAAGAUUGGUUUGACCGACCAUGCAUUCUCCGAAGUCGCUAACUUCAGGAACAAUUUAGAACGCUUAACUUUAGGCCGUUUCAGUAAAAUCACGAACGAGGCUAUACACGAGCUGAUUUGCAAGUGUCCUAAACUAACCAAAAUUUUGUUUUGCAACACAGACAGAUUAUGGGAAUUCGAUGUCGUAAUAACGGCUUCUAAACUUGAUAUGACAAAGGCCGAAAUACUUGAAUUCACGCAAACGCUACGACGGGAAUUAGAAAAGCUACACAUUGAACAAGAAGAUGUUUGUUUGUCUGGCUUCGUAUCUGCGAUUCGCUUACACAGGGACUGUUUAAGUCGCAGAAACAAAGAUAAAUUGUUCACGGACUGGGACGAGGCUAGUCUGCCCAUGGAUUGAAAUAUAUAAAUUGGUUAAAAGAUCAGUGCUUAAAUUGGCGAUAAUUACUCAAUGUUCCGGGUUCAUUGCACUACGUCAAACAGAAAAAAUGAUUCACGCAAAAUCGAUUGACACACGUUUAUAACUUGGAUCAUUAAUAUACAAGUUUAUCAUUUACGGUAAUUACUCUUUAAGUUUCGGAAACUAAAUUUUCGAGCAACCCUUUUUUAGUAAACAAUAAUUAUUGUUCGUGACUCGUUCGGACUUUAUGUUUUUUCGUCCAUAAUUAAUGACGCUAAAUUUCCGGACAGUAUAUUUAACAGCGCUAUUUUACAAAAUUUCGGCCGUGUUUUCGCUUAUCUGUUGACACUGUGAUCAUUGGAUUUUACAACCGGAUUAAGGUCAUAAACCUGGCAUGAAUGGAAUGCCUGAGGGCAAUUGACCAUUACAUUUGCGUUAUUGGGUAAAUAACCUUUUUUAUACCGGUUAUAAACAAUGGUUUCAAACACACUUGAAUUGAAGCAGUCUGUUUAAUGUUUAUAGCUAUUUGUUGUUCUAUAUCAUUUCAUGUAAAAGGUAGAAAGCUGUGACGAUUAAUUUAUUUUAAAGCACAGAAAGAGGAGUACAACACAAUAACAGUGUUGCACAUUGAUUUAUUGCUUUUAGUUCAAUAUAAUUAUUGACAUAAACAUAACAUACCCGGUACACAAUGAAGUCUUAUCGGCGUGGUAUUUACCGGUAACCAGCAAUUGUUGUAAAUCUUAGAGAAAAUGGACACGUUUUGCAUUCCCGGAAACUUAAAUUUGUGGUCACAUAAUGUUCGGACACCUGUCUUUUUUAAUGUUUCGUGUCUAAAAUUUCGGAAAAUAAAAAAUAAAUAAAUACA